GUGUGUGUGAGAAAAAUUAAGAAAAAGAUCAAACGUCGACAAUUCUUGCUUAUAAAAGUAUUUCAGUUUUAAUUUUCAUUAAGAAGUUGACAAGUGCAAAACUGAGAUACAAAAUCUGAUUCAUUAUUUAUCGUGAUUGUGUUUACUUUUAAAUAAAUAAUUGUUCAAUAAUGAGAAUGCAAAGGUACAAAAAAUCUGAGUUGUUUAUGAUUUUUCUCAUGAUUAGUACAUCUGUAUAUAUUUUAUGGACUGAAACAUCAUUUAAACAAUCAAUUGUUGAAAACUUCAAAAAGUUAAGAUAUAUCGGAAACUAUUCUCCACCUGUUUACGUAAUAACUCAAACCCAUCGCACUCCAACACAACUACCUGACUUAACUAGACUUGGAAACACUUUGAAGCAUGUUAGUAAUUUAUUUUGGAUUAUUGUGGAAGAAACUAAUAAGCCCACUGAAGCAGUUACUGAACUUUUGGAAAGAAUGAAAUUUCCUUAUGUGUAUUUAACUUGUAAGUUUUCUUUCCUUAUUUAUUUUAAAAUUCAAGUGUUUUAUAGUAACGAUAAUGUCAACAAUAUGAAUCAACUUCAAGUCCCUGCUGGUAACUAUCAAGAUGAGAACAUUCGCAAAAUUUCUAAUCGUAACCGAGCUUUAGAAUGGCUGCGAUCUAAUGCAGUGGAUGGAGUUUUCUUUUUCGCAGAUGAAAAUCGCACUUUUGAUCCUCGAUUAUUUGAAGACAUUCGUUCCACAAAAAAGAUUUCAAUGUUUCCAGUGGGAUUAACAAGUAAUGGAUUGUCUUCACCAGUUGUUCGCGAUAAUAAAUUAAUUGGCUUUUAUAGUGGAUGGAGACCUGAAAGAAAGUAUCCCGUUGACACGUCAUCAUUUGCAAUCAAUGUUAACUUUUUCCUAUCGCGACCAGACGCAAGCAUUCCAAGGAACGCACAUGAGCAAGAAGAUGGAUUUUUGAAAAAAUUGGAACCAUUUGGAAUGGAUGAGAUAGAAUUGCUUGCUUCAAGUUGCACAAAAAUUCUUGUUUGGAAAACAGAAACCGUCCAGUGCGAUAAACCGAAAGCUAUUGAUCUUGAAAAGUAUAAGAACACAAACCUGGAAAAAUUAGCAAAUGUGGCUACCUAG